UCUAAAUACUAUAUUUCCAGCCUCCAUGGAUAUUGACCCUCAAACUCACUUACUCCACUCGCAAAACUUCACAUAUUUUUCCUUCUUCUCCGAGUUGCAUUACUGGAAUCAUGCUACCACUAUUGUUGAGACCUUGGCUAUCUCCACCGUCUUCCUGGUGUCCGUGGUGACAAAUGCUGGAGCCGCAGCCCUGGUAACCUGGGAGCGCAGACUGCCGGCCAACAAGACCAUCCUGACCCUCAACUUGUUUGUGGCCGACCUGCUGUUUGUCAGCAUGGUUCCACUGAUAGUGGCAGUGCGCUGGACCGGGUCCUGGACACUGGGGUUCGCAGCCUGUCACUCUGUGCUGUAUGUCAUCUGUAUGAGUGGCUGUGCCACCGUCACUACCCUGGCCUCCAUCAGUGUGGAGAGGCUCCAGGCCAUCCUCCGUCUGCAGACGACCCCCACUCUAAACCCCAAAAUGGUGGCCGUCACCCUCAUCUUCAUCUGGGCCUUUUCUGCACUCACUGCUUUACCCACCAGUUUGUUCUUCACUGUGAUAGAAGUGGAUUUCACAGAGCAGGAAGAUGUACAUAUCUGUACUCUGAAGUGGCCUGACCCAACUGGAGAGAUAGUAUGGAAUGUGUCCUUUACUGCCCUGUGCUUCCUUCUCCCAGGACUCAUUAUAGUCGUCAGUUACAGCAAAAUAUUACAGAUUGCUAAAAAAUCAAAGCGAAGGCUCCAACGUCGAGGCAGUCAGCCGCCACUCGGUGGGUCUCCUGAAUACCAUGUCUCCCGCCAGGACAUGAAGCUCUUCCGUACUCUUCUGUUCCUUGUGCUCUCUUUCUUGCUCAUGUGGAGUCCUAUUUUCAUCAUCACCUUCCUCAUCAUGGCCAGAAACCUCUCCAGCAGUCACCUUCACGUCUCCUCUACCAUGUUCUUCUGGGUGACAACGUUCACACUGACCAACUCGGCUCUCAAUCCCAUCCUCUACUCGCUCUGUCAGUACAGGAAUAGUGGCCGUAAGUUCUGCUGUGGUUCUGCUGUGGCGCCACUGCGAGGAGACACUUGCAGCAGUGGUCAAAGGCAAACGACGCAUCAGUGAUUAUCGUGGUUGUGUCAGUUAAACAUGUUGACGAAGUGCACAACACAAUGUACACACAAUGUAAGAUGGACCACUUUUAUGCUUUCUUCAACCUUGGUUCAGUGCUGUAAAGCAGAAAGACAUUUCCAAACAGUUUUAAUGUUGGUUUAGUUCCAUUAUAUUAAUGUUAUAUGUAGAAUAAGUUGUGAUCUAAGAGUGGAGGUUUCUAUUAUCUGACUCCUUAGUCAGUUCAUAAUAACAUACUCUGAACAAUUGACUAAUAUGAUUAAGACUUAAAGUGUCAAACAUGGAGAAGCUAAUAACAAACACACACUACUC